GUCGGGUGUGUGAGUGGGGUAUAUAAGGGACUUGCGCUCGCUCCAGGCAUUACACCACCUGUAUACAAUAUACAAUCAACAUGAAGACUUUCGGUAUUGCUCUCGGCCUACUGGCCCUCCUCAUGGCCGUAGAAGGUUCCAACAUUAUUGAUCUUGUUAAAAAACGAAAAGGAUCACGAGGAUCAGGAGAGCAAUCUUCCAGUGAAGAAUUUGAUGAUGGCCCUUUCCCUGUACUCAAAUUUAUCGUCGAAGCAUCCGAUCUGAUCAAGGAAUUUACGAAGAAUAUGGCCGAAAUUAAAUCCACCAUUGACGGGUUUGGUGGCUUGCAAGCCUUCGAAGAUUAUGUCGUGGGUCCAGAGUCUGCACUUUUUUACUUUUUGCAGGUUGAAGGACAAUCGCAGGCCUCUGGCGGCUCCGCAUCAUCUCCACCAACAUCCCCAGCGCGACCACCAACUUCACCACCCGCAUCGCCAACAUCCCCACCCCCACCUCCUACAACCCCACCCACACCCACUGGGUCUGGCAACGUGGUACGCUCCAUGAAAGAGUUGUUGGCGCAAUUGGAGAAGUUAGCCGGCAACAAAUAAACAGAUUUCGAAGUUCGUCGACCUCGGAUGACCACUGACCCUACGCUCGCCCACAGAUCAAAGGACUCGAUUCGUAUAUACUGUUCUUUUAGUUCUUGCCGCUUAAUAUGUAGAUAAGAAACAGUCAUGAAAAUACUAUUGACAUAAAAAAACAAAAACAAAAGUAACUAGCUGAUCAAGAUGGUGAUAUAUAUACUAUUCUCGUAUGUUGCUAAUUCGCUUUCUGUCAGAUCAUGCACUUUUAAAAAAAAAGUGUUUCUAUAACUUUGUUGAAAUAAACUUUCCUUAGUUCCUUCAAA